AUGGCAUCCAUGACACUCUUCUUCCUCAUGCUCUGCGCCCCGUCUUUCUCUUACGCACAGCUGUCGACCCCGAGUCGCCUUUGGCGGAGAGCAUCCGUGCCCGCGGCAGGAUUUUACAACGCGUCGAAUAAUGGCGGGAACUGGUUGACCAGUGUAACUGGCACGUAUCCUCCCGGGCAGGGUGAACCGCUCAAUGCCGUCAUAUCCGGAGCCUCCAACAGCAUCGUCCUAGAAAAUCAGGAAGUUGACGGCGGCAUACUCAACCUGUUCCUGUCGUGGGGAUACGGCGCGGAGUGUCUGGGUCAACACGAUGGCUCACCCCAAAGCGCUGACCUCGGAGAUGGAGAAGGUUACGUAAACCAAACCGCGGAGAUGCGGUGGGACUUCAGCAACGCAGAGCUAGGAACCUGCCAGGAAACAGUCCAAGGCGGCAGUCACUUCCGCUACUGGUUCCAGAACGGGACCCUUGCGGACAGCGGCGCGGUUUUCAUGGCCGUGUCGUAUGAGCUGCCUCUAUCAGACCAACAUGAUAUCAUAUUUAACGGUUACAACCUUGGAAGAGAUUGGUUUGUAGGCAACGUCACAAACCAGACAUCCAUCAUCGACACCUCGAAAGUCAACAGCAGCUCGACAUAUUCCGGGCAGACAUCGUUCAAUGGGUAUACCUACCGGACGACAGCGCAGUACGAGGCGGGGUACGCGCAGAACACGAGUUACAACAUCAACCACAAUUGGACCGUCUCGAAUAACGUGACGAACGCAAUUGACGGUCUGAUCGUCGUGCUGACGGUGCAGGUCGUAGACAAGCCUGCUACGUCGUCCGCAGCCCCAGCAAUUCCAUGGCCGACAUCAUGGCUAUUGCUACUGCUCGCCGCACUUCUGCACUCUAUUGCUAUUGUGUUAUCUAUAUAG